CUUCCUUACAUGACAUGAUUCAUUACAUAUUCUUAUAAUAGUGCUGCUCUGAGAAUGCAAUAUUUUUAGGAAACUUAUAUAAGGAAUGAGAGCAGAGACUUCGUCUUAAAAAGAUGAAACGUGCGAAUAUAGAUGCAAGGCAUACGGCCGUAUUUGUCUUGGUGAUUUUAUUUCAAUUAACAAAUGUAGUAUCCGGAGCUUCACUAGGAAACUUAAAACUGUUUAAUGAAACUCUUGAUGAAGAAGAGGAACGUAGAACAGUCCUUCAAAAUAUCCAAAAAAAUUACGCAGAUGAGUUCGGAAACUAUGAAAUGGCAGACAUCGAGAACUUUUUAUCCGAUUUUAUGACUCCUGUGAAGAAAACCAAGCCGAUUUAUGCAUCUAAAACAUUUUUUGGGUCUGGCCAAUUUUUUGGUGUUCAUGAAAGAUCCAAAGACGACUCGCAAUAUCAGCCUUGGAACCCAUUUCGAGCAAAUCGUGUCAUAGAAUCUCAACCUUCAUAUUUUGAUGUCCCUGAUGACUUAUUCCAACAACAUGUAUAUAGCGAAAAUGAUCAGGAAACCUCUUAUUACCAGACGGAUUAUGAAAAAGUUUCCGAUUUUCCUCGCGGGCUUGGGGACCUUUCGGAAGAUAGCCUUCCUUUCAAAGAAAUUGCUAGCUCUGAAGGUUUAUUACGUGAAGUUUCUCGCCCGGCGGAUGACGGUGUCGAAGGUUUGGUGGAUGCUGGAUCCCACCUGGCGGAUGACGGUGUCGAAGGUUUGGUGGAUGCUGGAUCCCACCUGGCGGAUGACGGUGUCGAAGGUUUGGUGGAUGCUGGAUCCCACCUGGCGGAUGACGGUGUCGAAGGUUUGGUGGAUGCUGGAUCCCACCUGGCGGAUGACGGUGUCGAAGGUUUGGUGGAUGCUGGAUCCCACCUGGCGGAUGACGGUGUCGAAGGUUUGGUGGAUGCUGGAUCCCACCUGGCGGAUGACGGUGUCGAAGGUCUGGUGGAUGCUGGAUCCCACCUGGCGGAUGACGGUGUCGAAGGUCUGGUGGAUGCUGGAUCCCACCUGGCGGAUGACGGUGUCGAAGGUCUGGUGGAUGCUGGAUCCCACCUGGCGGAUGACGGUGUCGAAGGUAUGGUGGAUGCUGGAUCCCGUCCUGAAGAAGGGGACUUGGAUUUGAAGGAUUUUCACCCGGAAGAAGUAAAAACAGUAAUUAGAUUUGCUCAAUCCUCUAUGGAAAGUGAGGGCAGCGAGUUUGAAGAACUCGAUGAUUUAACCGAAAAUCGGGAGAAUUUAUCUGUUCAAUCGGUGAAUGGUGAUGACAAAAUAUCUGAUGCACCUAAAAAUCUGGAAAGUGAUCUUAUUUUAAGAGAGAAUGGCGACUCCGAGUUUGAUAAAUUUAAUGUCUCAAAAGUAUUUCAGGAUAUAUUGAGCUUUAACACGUCAAACACAAUGGAUCCUAGUGAGAAUUCUAGAAAUGAAGAUCAAAUUUUGAAUCUAGAAGAGCAAAGCAUAAAUGAAUCUCAUUUAGGCAAAACUACCGAUGAACAUUUAAAGAAAGUACAAAGAGAUGAAGAUUCUGAUUUAAAGGAAUUUGUUGAAAAGCAAAAUUUCGAUAAGGUGUCGGUCGCAUUGGAAGACCCGGAUUUCCUCCAGUUUAAUAUCGAUGAAUUUCAAAGUAGUGGUGAUAUGGAUGAUAGUUUUGACGUAGCCUUGACAGACACUAGACUUGAAAGUAAAUCUGGACGUAUAAUAGAUUUUUUUCCCAGAGGGAAUAACACAGCAGAAUGCACUACUCCUAAAGGAGAACCGGGUCACUGCCGUAGUGUGACUCAGUGUCCUCUGAGUGCCCUUGAGAGCAACUUUAACUUAUUUUUACAAUAUGUAUGCUUAUCGAGGGGCGUUUUAAUAGGAAUUUGCUGCCCAGAUAACCCCGUGAUUGAAAUUUCAGAUCCCACAGAAAAUUCUACUGGGACUAACGUGACGGAAUUUAAGCAACCUGACGAUGGAUGUGGUCUCAAUUCUAAUACCAGGAUAGUUGGAGGGAAAGUAUCUCUACCUCAUGAAUGGACAUGGAUGGUUGCCCUACUGCGACGAAAUAGGUUUUUCUGUGGUGGAGUGAUCAUCAAUGACUGGUACAUUCUCACAGCUGCUCAUUGCGUGAUGGGAAUUAAAGUGAAAGACCUCAAAGUUAGACUAGGGGAAUACAACUUUAGCGAGAAAAAUGAGCACCAGGAAGAUAUACCAGUGGCCGAAAUAAAACGACAUGCCCUCUUUGUGACUUUAACCUUUCAGCAUGAUAUUGCUUUGUUGAAAUUGAAGAGAAGAAUAGAAUAUACAAAGUUUAUAGGCAGUAUAUGUUUGCCCAAUCCAAAAAGUGGAAAUUAUACCAAUGUGAAUGCCACGGUUGUUGGUUGGGGUACGGUAGCAUUUGGUGGUACAGCAAGUCCAGUUUUACGCCAAGUAACGGUGCCUGUUUGGGAUAACGAUGAAUGUGACAGAACGUAUCGACUAGAAAGAAUAACGAAUGCAUUCAUGUGUGCUGGAUCUCCUGAAAAUGGGGAAGACGCUUGCCAGGGAGAUUCGGGAGGUCCUUUAAUGACUCUUAGUGAAGAAGGUCGUUGGGAAGUAAUCGGAAUAGUUUCUUGGGGACGGCGUUGCGGGGACCCCACGUUUCCUGGCGUCUACACUCGAGUUAGCUCGUACUUGAACUGGAUCACUGAAAAUGCAAAUUGAAAAGAGACCUU